UUAAAGCAGGGGUGUAGACCACUGAAAACAAAUUCAGGCUCUGAAGUUCUUGCUUUGCUGUGUUUUUGGUGGGAAAACGACAUUAAACAUAACAGAACAAGUAUAGUUCCACAAGGAGGAUUUUAGUUUUGUUAUACUUCCACAAUUCUUUGCCUUUGAUAAGAGGCAACAAAAUGUAAACAUGACAUGACACUUUAAUAAGCACCAGAACCAUGUCUGACCAUUUCCUUUAGGCUACACCUACAGCUUGUGCAAUGCUAAACUAUUGCUUUUAACAGCUUGACUAUUCCCAUGAUUUGUCAUUAUGAUUGGUGUUACAGUAUGACUGGUCAGAUUGCCUGUCAAUCAAACUCCUGGCAAAGGGUCAUUUGUUCAGAGUCUGUAGAUUAUUAAAUCACUAGAUAAGAUAAAAAUGCAAUAGGCUGUUGGAGUUAAAGAAUGUUAGACCCAUGUCAGACUACAGAUCUGGUAACCAGAACAUCUUUGGUGUCCAAAAACUGUAUAAUUUUUUUAAUGAUAUUACUUAUUUACUGUAAUAUUGGAUAAUCAUACGCUUCAGGUUUACUCUCUUGGCAGUUGUUUCUGGAAAGUUAUAAUCUUAAAGACCUGAAAAUGAGGCUUAAAAAUCAGAGGAUUCUGCAAAUGAUCUCCAUCCUGUCAGUGUCCCUCUUAUUGCUGAAUUAUCUAGGACGAAGGACAGACUGUCCUUGUAAGGAAGAGUUGGUCUUCAAUAACUUACUAAAGCAAGAUGCUGGAGAGCUACAAGCUUGUUCUGCUAUUAUCCAAGGAGACAUAGAUGGAGUGGAGAAGGAGGUUUUCAGGAAGCUCCUGGCCUCUAAAAAAAGAAUAUCCCAGCUAUCGGAGUCAUUCUAUCUCAACGCAACCAAGGAUUGUCCAUCCUACAUCCGAGACAGAGGGUUUCUGACUGUUUCUCUCAGUAAAGAGGAGAAAGAUUUCCCCAUUGCUUACUCCAUGGUGAUCCAUGAGAAGAUCGAGAUGUUUGAAAGGCUCCUGAGAGCCAUUUACACUCCUCACAAUGUGUACUGUGUUCACGUGGACCAGAAGUCUCCUGAGAUCUUUAAACAAGCAGUAAGAGCCAUUGCGUCCUGCCUGACCAACGUGUUUGUGGCCAGCAAAAUGGAGAGUGUGAUUUACGCCUCCUGGUCUCGAGUUCAAGCAGACAUCAACUGCAUGCAAGAUCUGCUCAAGUCACCUGUCCAGUGGAAGUAUCUGCUCAACACCUGUGGUACUGAUUUCCCCAUUAAAACCAAUGCAGAAAUGGUCCAGUCUCUAAAACACCUGAAUGGACAGAACAGUUUGGAGUCCGAGGAGGUAAAGGGCAAAAAUUGGCGCUGGCAGUAUCAUCACAAUGUUACGAGCGUUGUGACUCGGACAGAUGUCAAAAAGUCACCUCCACCAAUAAAGAGCCCCAUGUUCUCAGGAAAUGCUUACUUUGUGGUUUCAAGAGAGUUUGUGGAGCACAUCUUCAAAAGCAAAGAGAUUCAAAACUUAAUGGAAUGGGAGAAAGACACGUACAGUCCAGAUGAGCACAUGUGGGCUACGUUACAGCGGAUGCCUUCAGUACCAGGAUCCAAUCCUCCAAACAUCAAGUACCAACAAUCGGACAUGAACGCGAUUGCUCGUCUGGUGAAGUGGAGCAACCAUGAAGGAGAUCUAAAGAGUGGAGCUCCCUACCCACCAUGCACUGGGACACACAGACGGGCAAUUUGUGUCUAUGGAGCUGGGGACUUAAAAUGGAUUGUGCAGCAACACCAUCUUUUGGCAAACAAGUUUGAUCCAGAAGUAGAUGAUAUAGCAAUCAAAUGUAUGGAGGCUUUUUUAAGGUACAAAGUUAAUUAUGGUCGAUCAUUACUAACAAUUCAAAAAUCUGACAUUAUUUUAUGACAUUUUUAAUUAACGGGUACAAUAUGUAUUUGUACAUUUUAAUAAAUAUUGUAGGAAAGUUUUUUGGAUUUUUUUUAUUCUUUUCAAUAAUGUAAAUGUAAUAUAAUAUAUAAAUAUUUAUAUAUAUUCUAAGUUUGUCAUAAUAUUAAUAGGAUGGUGCAAAUACUUUAAAACUUUUUUUUUUUCAAUGUCAUUUAGUAAAAAACUAAUUGUACACUUCAGAGAAGCUCUCUUUCUAAGUUUCUAGUUCCUACAUAUUUUUCAGAUUUUCCAGACACUAUUUACCAUCAAAUUUAAAAUCCAACUGUUAACAUGUUAGACUGUUAUAUUUUGAUGAUGUAUACUAUUAUGUUGCCAGAUUAUUGCCAGAAUUUUUUUUUACCCAGGCAAGUUCAAAUGCAAUUCAUUAAAACUGCAAUACUACAACACAGGAUUGUGCUUGAUAUGCUUUCUGCACUUUCACUGACUGCAUACAUUUAAAAUAUUUUACAAUAUAUUUCAUUGCAGAAUAUGCUAUCCAGUAUAAAAAUCUUUGCUAUACUAUAAAGCAUUGGCGGCUCGUCGGGGGAGGCAGAGCUUCCCCAAAUUUUUGAGGUGAAAAUGGGAGGAGGACGAUUUAAUAUUAAUAAAAUUUACAAUUCGU